CUUGCGCAGUGGUAUCGUUCUACUUUCAAGCGUGCGCUCGGUGAACAAGGUCGGCUGCAUCGUGACUGACGGCGCUGUGCUUUCGACGUUUCGUUCACGUUGAAGCGACAGAUGCACGGAGGUCAGUUGGCUCGCGGCUGCUUCCGCGAUUCCUAACUCCACCGUUUUCACAGACAGUUUCCGCUGUCAUUGAGCGAUGUGUGUUAAUGUUUACCUGUGCGCGCGUGAACACGUGCUGAUUAAUUUAGCUUAAACACGUUGGCGGGCUAGUUGGUUUGAAUCCAUGAUAGAAUGGGCAAGCACGACUGAACAAGGACGUAGAAAGAAGUAGGCACGCAAAGACAGCACUGUGUCUGUGUGUCUGCUUCUUUUUACGUCCUCGUUGAGUCACACUUACACAUACUGUCAUUGUUAAUUUAGUUAGUAAGCAAAUAUUUACAAGUUUCCUUACUUCGUACAGCUAUCUACUAAUUUGCUAUCGCAAACGGUGCUUCGCCUUCCGGGUGGAACUGCGAUUUUUUUUUUUUUUAGUCAGCAGCCACCGCUGCACGAAGCGUCGCCCUUGUUUACAAACAUCUAUCUAGUAUGGACAUUCAGGCCUCCAUGAUUAUCAAAAAAGGUCAGUCAUGCGCCACCAGUGAGAAGGGUAUACCGUUACACUGGCUGAAGAGCCCGGCAGUGUGUCGAUGGCCAAGAUUGAGGCAGAUGUCGCUGCCACACUGACAGAAUUGCCUUGUACAUACGCAUCGCUUGGGAAAGGAACGGCGCGCGUCGAAUUGUGCGGCGCAGGCGACUCCGGCGGCACCUGCGAGACGUAUCGUCACGCGGCGGUGAGGAAGAAGCUGGACGCCUACGGCGGGCCGCUGAGCCUCUACACGGCGGUGAUCACUUUCCAAAACCAUAACGGACGCGUGCCUCAGCGCACCAGCCACAUCACCUUCGCCCACGAGCUGGGGCACAACUUUGGCUCGAGCCCCGAGCAACGGGGCCUGCUGUACAGAGAACUGCACGUUACGCAAAACGUGGUUUGUCUGCAGGCCAGAAGAUGACUGCCGCUACGAGGCCUACUGCGAGUAUCCUUAACUUGCUUGCUCUGUCGACUAUUAAUCCGGCUACGCACUACUCAGCUCUCUUUACGAACCAUAACUGAGCGCUAACUCACGAAUCGGAAAGGGAGCCCAAUUAAG